CUGACCCGUUACUAUGGUGUCUAGAUAUGCAGAGCAUUUAUAGGACGUGAGAGCCAUUAAGGGGGGGAACUACAUUUCCCAGAGUGCACCAGGACGCAGCGACGUUUUUUUACGCUGCUGCUUUGCCCAUCGUGGAGAAUUGCCCAGCAUCUCCUGACGGGGAGCAGCCUAACGCCAAGCAAAAUGCACUGAAAUUACACCAUUUCUAUUUGAUUUUUCUUUGCAAUGAAAGAGAAGGUGCGGAACAAUGUAGCUGUCGCCGUGAGCCGUGCCGGACUACGGGCCAUUAAUGUGAGAUAAAAUGCGGAAUCUGUUUAUCCGGAGCUGUUAAUCCAGAGAAAAUACAUAUUUAUAGAAAUAAAGAAAAUGAAGAAACAAUUUAACCGAAUGCGACAGCUCGCCAACCAGACUGUUGGCAGGGCAGAAAAAACUGAAGUAUUAAGUGAAGAUCUACUACAGGUGGAGAAGCGCCUGGAUUUGGUAAAGCAGGUCUCCCACAGCACACAUAAGAAGCUCACAGCCUGCCUGCAGGGACAGCAAGGGGCUGAUGUGGAGAAGAGAUCAGUCAAAUCACCUUCGAAAAAGUUGCCCCUGACCACACUGGCUCAGUGUAUGGUAGAGGGAGCUGCGGUAUUAGGGGAUGAUUCCCUGCUGGGUAAGAUGCUGAAGCUAUGUGGAGAAACAGAAGAGAAGCUGGCCCAGGAGCUCAUUGUCUUUGAGCUCCAAAUGGAGAGAGAUGUCGUCGAACCUCUCUAUGUUUUGGCCGAGGUGGAUAUUCCCAACAUUCAGAAACAGAGGAAGCAUCUAGCCAAGCUUGUUUUGGACAUGGAUUCGGCACGAACAAGAUGGCAGCAGUCAUGCAAGUCCUCCAGUCACCCCAGCAAUCUUACCCCAGGAGGGGCCAAAGCCGAUGCGCUCCGAGAGGAGAUGGAAGAGACAGCCAAUCGCAUGGAGAUCUGCAGGGAUCAGUUGUCAGCAGAUAUGUACAACUUUGUGGCCAAAGAAAUAGACUAUGCAAACACCUUUCAGACGCUUAUAGAGAUUCAAGCAGAGUAUCACAAGAAGUCUCUGGAGAUUCUGCAGAGUGUGCUGCCACAGAUCAAAGCUCACCAGGAGGCUUGGAUAGAAAAGCCAUCUUAUGGCAAGCCUUUAGAGGAGCAUCUGACCCUCAGUGGCAGAGAGAUAGCCUUUCCCAUUGAAGCAUGUGUCACCAUGCUGCUGGAAUGCGGAAUGCAAGAGGAGGGUUUGUUUCGUGUGGCCCCUUCAGCAUCCAAGCUGAAGAAGCUAAAAGCAUCUCUGGAUUGCGGCGUUCUGGAUGUGCAGGAGUAUUCUGCAGAUCCACAUGCUAUAGCGGGAGCUCUAAAGUCAUAUCUCCGCGAACUUCCCGAACCUAUAAUGACCUCUCAACUCUAUGAUGAGUGGAUUCAGGCUUCGAACAUUCAAGAUAUGGACAAGAGACUCCAAACCCUCCUGGCUGCAUGUGAGAAACUUCCAAUAGCCAAUUUAAACAACUUUAGAUACUUGAUUAAAUUCCUGUACAAGCUUACAGAGUUCCAGGAUGCCAACAAAAUGACUCCUGGUAACAUUGCAAUAGUGUUGGGACCCAAUUUGCUUUGGACGCAUUCUGAAGCGAACAUGACAGAAAUGAUGACUACAGUGUCUCUGCAAAUCGUUGGGAUUAUUGAACCGAUCAUCCAGCAUGCUGACUGGUUCUUUCCAGGGGAUAUUGAGUUCAAUCUGACAGGCAGCUACGGUAGCCCCAUCCACACCAACCACAACUCUAACUACAGCUCCAUGCCCUCGCCAGACAUGGACCAAUCAGAUCGUAAGCAGUCACACGAUCAAGGCCGACGCCCCCUCAGUGUUGCCACUGACAACAUGAUGCUGGAGUUCUACAAAAAAGAUGGCAUUAGGAAAAUACAAAGUAUGGGAGUUAGAGUGAUGGACACAUCCUGGGUGAAGGGGAAAGGUGCAUCCACACUUGUUAGAAAAGCCUCGUCCACCCCUCCUAGUGCCCAGCCGCCUGGAUCUCCUGCUGACACACUAAUAACUGAGCAGCCUGGAGAGCUGAACACAUCCCCCAUUCCCACCCCUCCUCCGGUAGACAGGGCUAGCUCCAACGAGGUGUCACCCCACCGUCCGGACCCCUCUCAUGCCCAUGCGCCCCACGGGGAGGAGCGGCCGCCCCCUCCUUACCCUUCCUCCUCCACCACCUCCCAUGCCCCUCACCACUUCUAUCCCAAACCCCCUCCCUGUGCACGGCCAGUGGCCCCAGGGCCUGAGUCACAGCCCCCUGAUUCCCCCCCUUCCCAAUUACGCUGGUCCGGCUAUGGCCCUCCUCAACCCCAGGCACCCACUUCUUCCUCAUCUUCCUCUUCUUCCUCUUCUUCUCUUGACAUUAACUCCAAUCCCAAGCCCAGCUGCCUGCACUUUCCCAAACAUGGCCCAGCAUGUGAGCUUCCAGACGUGAACACCUCCCCUCUAUACGUUAAAACACCCCUCAUUUUGACCCGCAACGAGGUGGCCCUUGGAAAUCCCCCUAGCCUUCCCACAUCUGGCCCCCCUCCAUGGGCUGCCUGUCCAUGUGCCCGCGAACGAGGACCCCCCAGGCUGUCUAGCACUAUGAAGAGCAAGGAGCUCUCACCUGUGAUUGGCCAUAAGGCCAUGCAGGCAGCAGGACAGCCAGCACCUCCUGUCGGUCAACAAAGCAACAGCCAAUCACCACACUCAGCUGAGCACAGCCCCCACACUCUGCAUAGAGCCUCGAAGAAGCUGGCCCCUGUGCCACCCAAGGUUCCUUACGGCCAGUCAGGGGCGAUGUCCGACCAGUCCACAGGUCAGCCGUCCCCGGUCAGCCUGUCCCCUACUCCCCCAAGCACCCCGUCCCCAUAUGGCCUGGGCUGUGCCCCGGGGCAUGUGCCCCCUACCUCUCCUGGGCAGGGCCCGCUAGGCACAUCCCACUCUCUCCUGUCCUCUCCCCCAUCUCUGACUGGCACACUCAACAAGUCGCGGCCCGCCCCCAAACCGCGACAAAGACCAAGUCUGCCCCCUCCACAGCCACCCACUAUCCCCCCCAGUGUCCCCCAGCCAAUGGAACAGGGCCUGCUGGACGGAUUGUCCCCCGGGGAGAGCAUGUCCACAGCAGAUCUCUUCAGUUUGGAAAUCCCCUCCAUCAAUGUCAAUCUGGACAGCCUGCUCGACGAGUUCAGGGUGGGGGUGCCGUGCCGGAGCUCCCUGGCCGUGGCUGACUCUCCUGAGGGGGAACGCAUGAUUGAGGAGGAGUCACAGAGCACCACGCUGUAACCCCAGAGCCCAGCCAGUGGCUGCCUAGCCCUGCCGAGCUCCCCCACCUUCAGCUGAGGUCCUAUUAGCAACCAGGCCAUCAUCAACCUCACCUGCCCCACCCUCUCCACCGGAGCUGGACCCCCAACCCAACACAAACACAUAUGCCUUCUCUAACCUUCACAUGUAUCAGUGACUAAUCAGAACAUCACCUCCUCUUUUCACAUAUAAGUAGAUAUGGUAUGUGAUUACAUCUUCACAAGCUGUGCCAUAGCAAUGAAAAGCAAUGGAAGACUAUAAGAAUGUUGCAGAAUUUAUUGUGUUGUGAAAAAUGUGCCACGUUACACAUUUACGUUUUUCUCUGUUUGACUCUGUUGUUUUGCCUUAUUAGAGCCUGCAGAUAAUUUGCAAUACAAUGGCAUAGAGGGGUUUUGUUGACUCCAAAGGAACAUUAUAUUUAUGUGUGCUGAAAGCAUGAGAUCAAAAUGUCAAAGGGUAAUAUUUAUUCAUUUUCUUUAUAUUCUGAGUUGGUAGGCAGGUUUCAUUUCUUGUAAAUGAACUGAAGUCACAAAGCAUGUAACUUUAUUUAGGUCCAGUUUUACAAUGUUGAGGCCUUGGCUUUCUUGCUCCUGUCCUCUCACUUUCUCUUAUUCUCUCUCUCUCUCUCUCUCUCUCUCUCUCUCUCUCUCUCUCUCUCUCUCUCUCUUUCUCUCGCUUUCCCAGUCUCCUGCCUUCUCUCUAUAUGUGUAUCAGUCUCUCAGACAAACAUAUGCCUAUAUACACACAACACUGCUUUGGCAUAGACAGCAUCAUGACAAUAUUUCUAUUUAAGUGUCUAUACGUGCACAGAUCAAAUCAAGCACAUUAUGAAAAUAUUCUGAGAUGUUUGUAAUACACUACUAAUCUGUGAAACAAGAAAAGUUCAUAGUAAACGUUUUGCCUCACUGUCCUUAUACUUGAUGGGACAUGUCAGUGGUACAUGUAUACUCUUCACACUUUUAAUGCCAGCUGUAAAACAAAUUGGUUCUGCUGUAAAGAGAAGUGAAACCAUUAAGACAUUUUGUGCCUCCCAUUCUGACUUUGUUAUCAGGACAAGUGUAAUGACAGGUUUCUUGUUUGUGUAAAUACAAAGAAUGUACAUAUUGAUCUGUAGAUACUUGUUAAUGAGAGGACAAAUGUAAAGGCAAAUAUGAAUUAUAUAUUCAUAUGUGUUACAUGCCAUAUUUACCUUGUAUAGAGAUAAUGUUCUAUGGAAAUUUAGUAUUAUUUUGUCCCUGAAUAUUUGUCGCCAGAUUACACACAGAUUUAGUGAGCUCUUGCACUUUUGUAAGCCAUGAACAUUAACUGUAAAGUGACAAAUGGAGAUAUGUCAAAGGCCUAAAUGGAGUCUAACCCGCAAAAUCUGAACUUGCAUUUACUGACCUUGUAUUUGGAUAUGGGGCAGUUCCACAAAGUUACAAAUAAUGUUGACCAGCGUUACGCGUAAUAAUAGCUUUACCAAACUAUAAACAAGAACUUUCCAGAUUGUUUACGUUAUUAUAAAUGCCAGGGAAACCUGCAUCCUUUUUUGGUGCUUGGGUCAUUUUAAGGCACAUCAGAACAGAAAACAAGAUAAAAAAUACCCGAAUGCAACAGACGAAAGCAUGUCAUUUGUAGUCAUAUAUUUUGUCAUUUUGUAGUCACUAAAGAUGUUCUCUUGCCUUUCUUCUCCUCCACCUGGAUGGCUUCUGCCACAUUAUAGGGCCUUUGCUUUCUUAUAAGGACUUCCCUUUUAAAGGUAUCACACCAGGACUCAUUUUCAGACCAACAGUAUCAAAACGAUCAGGCUGUUUUUCCAUGAUUUAACAUCUUGCUGCCUUCUCCCUGAAACAAUCCAAUCUGAAGCUAUAGCCAAAAGAAGGCUGGACAAUGGGUUAGAAGUGCCAUCUGUUCAGUAGACUCAGAAACCAACAGAUGCUGUAGUUUGUCAUGUCUGACUUACUUGAAAGCAGGUGGAACACAAAUAGGGCCAGAGAAAGUGCAAUUACACUACAUUCUAUUGUUAACCUCACAGAGAAGUGGCCAUGAGAGCCAUGCUUUUUAAUCUUACCAAGAGACUGACUCUGAAGCAAUCCUAAAUGUCAUGGCUUUCAUUGUGUUUUUGGGGGGUUUUGUUUGUUUUCUUGGAGGUUUUAUUAUUUUUUAAGCAUUAAUAUACUUCAGGGACAAGAGGACUUCUUUGCUGAAAUAUAUGGUAUGCCUCAGUGUGCAUUCUCAAUUACUUCUACUAUGAUGGUUAUUGGUGACUGAGUACUAUUUUAAUAGUUGUAGUGAUUAUACAAUGAUAAUUGCAAGUGCCCUCACAAUAGAUAUUUAUGAAGUCUUGAAGCCAGUGGCGAGUUUGUGUAUAUUUGAGGGAUUUUACAUUUUUUGUGAUGGUUUCUUCAGUGUUUUAUGGAGAGGCAGGUGUGCAUUCGAAAUAAUUGAGUGUUGACUGAAUGUAAUUGAACUUUUACAAUGACCUGCAAAAAGGUAAAGGCUCUGUCAAUACCUUAUGGCAGCUGCAAUAGACGCAUGGUUUGUUAUUUUAUUCAGGUGACUCUUUGCUUUUAAUCUGCCGCUUUAGACAGUCACUUUGAAAACUUGCAUUAAUGUUAGGGGAUUAAGGGACGGGAUUUGGAUGUGAAUGCACUCAUCUGUAUGUUGUAAUCAUACAGUUCAUAGCAAUCCAUUCCUGAGGACAUAUCACGCUUCUCUCACCUUUUUCAUGCAGCUGCUAUAAUUGUUAGUCUUGAAUUCACCAAGGGCCAUGGGGAAUACUGACAUACAGUCAUUUUUACAUAACCAUAAAACAGGAUUUUAUUUUAUCUCAGUUCAUUCUUUAUCAAAUAAAAUAGCUUAUUUGUUAAUUCAGGUGCUUCUGUGCAAGUUUAAGUUUACAAAUUCAUGUUUCUUUGUUAAAUUAGAUUUUACUUCUAUUAAUAAAAUAAAAAUGCCAUAACACAAGAGACAAAAGAAAGACAUGUUUAACAUAUAUAACCAUCAUAUGUUUAAUCCCCUUAAAAGCUGUUGGUUGACAUUGCAGAAUGUGGAUGUGACAAUGCAAUGCAUGCAUUUAGUCUCUUCAGAUACUUCAUGAUUCCUGUUUCUUCAAUUUCUUUUAAGACUCUUAAAUGUUAUCACUAAACAGGGGAGAGGGUAAAAAAAAGCAAGUGUGUGAACAGCUGGUUAAAGCAGUGUCAUGAAUUUAUGUACAAAUGCAGUGCCCAUUGUACAGCCUCUCCCCUGCAUUCACAACUUCUGUACAAACUUUGCCUGUAUGUCACUCCCCUCCCUCUCCCCUCCUAUCCCUCAGCUUAGCAUAUCAGUGGAACAACACAGUCUGUACUGUGAAGCCUACCGCAAUCCUGAUCAGAAUGUCAGAUAUAGAUAUCUAUAUUAAACUCUACAUUUUUAAUA